AUGGUCGUGUCCGAAUCAGAAACCGAGUUAUUGAAUACUGAAUCAGGGCCUGAACCUAUGAGUGAACACCAGGCAGCUAUAACUGAUAAACUGGAUCUUGACUUGAAUCCCGAAACACAAGAAAAUCAUAAGGAUAUCAGCCAAAGCCAAGAUCGUGAAGAAAAAGAGGAGUCCAAGGAACUGGAGAAAAAUCAAAUAGAUUUGGGCAGUCCUACGAAAGAAGAUACAAAUAGGCCUCUAGUUCUUGAAGAAAGGCACUCGCUGUCCAUAGCGGAAACAAAAAAACGAAGAGCCAGUGUAUAUUCCAACGAACUACUUUUUAUCCCCAAAGAACUCGCCCGCAGUGAACUUCAACUGCGAACAAAAAAUCUGAAGAGAUACGCCAAAAAUCGUGAAUACCACCUACGAAUGCUGAAAUUUCCCGUGGUAUCCGGUCGUCCUCGAUACGUCGCCAAACAAAUGAAGAAAAGCCAGGAGAUCGAGAAUCUGAAUCGCAACGAAACCGAGGAAAAUAACCUGGAAAGCCAAGCGGAAAUAAAACAGGAAGAGUUUGUCGAGGAGCCAACCGAAGGACUGGAAGAUUUUAACGACUCACAGCUAAAUAUGCCUGAUUUGGGAGUUGAAAAUGGAGCUAAGAAUCAACUUGAAGACGACGAAGAAAUCAGCAUUCUUCUACACGAUUUGGUAAAAACGGAAGCCGAGACUGACAAUUUUGGGGGAAUUAAUCUUAAAAUCCUUCAGAGUCGCCGAGAAAGUGUGAUAAAAACAAUCAGCAAAUUUCGACAUUAUCCCUAUUUACGAUGGCAUAAUCCAGAUCAAGAAGGAAUGGAUUUUAAGAUGGAUGUUUUGAAGCAAGUGAAAACCAAAACGGAGCCGGAAACUCAAGAAGAAUUCUGUGAGGUUAAUAAUAUAAAUACCACAGAAAGCGAGAAUGAAUUUGUGCAGGAGGAAGAUCAAGAUCAAGUGGAAUUUAACCAAGAAAUGGUGAACCCUGAAGAGAUCGAAGAACCAACAGAUGUGGAACCCCAGUUACAGCCACCUGAAACCAGUGAUUACCUAAACCCUCCAACAUUAAACGAAUCAACUAAUGAAAUUCAACCUCAUAUGGAAAUGGCUGAAGUACCAGUGAAUAACUAUGUCCCAACUGUAUCAGAAUCCCUUGAAGUUCCCGAACUGCGAACAAAUUCAGAACUUCGUCAACAGCUCAUUCAUCACAUAGUUCAACCAAAUUUGUGCAACCAGGAAGUUUGUCAAUCGGUUACCUGCAAUAACAACGCACUCGAUCGAGUCAAUCAAAAUCUGAGGCAACAAUUUGCUCCGGAGUCUCAAUCCCAAGAUCUAAAUUAUCGGUUUAAUCCGCCAAACGCUGACAAUCACCUAGAGCAAUCGUUCCACAAGCAGCAAUUGCACCAUCAGCAGCAACAUCUGUACCAGCAACACCAUCAGCCAGUAAGCCAACAGCAACAGGAUAUUGUUUACCAGCAACAUCACCACGAGGCCGAUGAUGAAUUGCAGCAAAUGAGGAUCUUGCAUCAGCGCAUCAAAAGUCGAGAAGAGAAGCAAUUGCGUCAGCUGGAAAAAUCCCUAAAAAAGGUCCUGGAUGAGAAAAUGAAUUGUGAACGACAACAUGCCGAGGAAAACCGCUUGUAUAUGCUGAAAAUGGCGAAAAUAACUAAACUGGAGGAGAGUCUCCAGUUGAACAAGGAGCAACUGCAACGUCAAAUGAGAUCGGAUCUCAGAACUUUGGAGCUGAGAAUCACUGAUCAGCAACGACAGCAGGAUGAGAGGGCUUUGGCUUGGUCCUGGCAACAACAACAACAGCAGUUGCAGCAAAAACAGCAGCAGCAGCAUCAGCAACAUCAGCAACACCUGCAACUCCAGCAACACCAGCAACAUCAGCAACACCAGCAACAUCUGCAACACCAGCAACAAUUGCAAUUGCAGCAGCAACAAUUGCUGGCGCAACAGCAACAACAAUAUAUUCUGCAUCAUCCAAGCAACCAAGAAUCCCAGCAGCAACAUUCGUUUAUUUACGAUCCAUCACCUUAUUUAUAUCCAACUGCCUAUCAGGAAUCGAUUGUGUAUCAACAGCGCAUUCAAGCCUAUCACGAUCAGCAGAAUUUCAAUCCUGCAGAAUCGCAAACCACAGCAAUUGAAUUGCAGAGAAGAAUGCUCCUGCCUCCUCAGUACUAUCCACCCAGUAAUAGGACCUCCACCGAAUCCAGUUCAGCGUCCAGAAAAAUAAGGCAUCGUCGUGCAACAACUGAUCAAAGAUCAGAUCCAUAUAUGCCUCCGAUGAGGGGACCUUUGCCACCGGCAGCUGAAAUCAUGCAAUUCCAGAGACAUCCGCAAAUUAGUCCAGCUGCAGUCCAAAAUCAAGACCCCAGAAACGAGAACUUGGGAAUCACCUCCGUCUUGAAUUAUGUCGCCAAUUUCAUGAACUUGCGUGGGGAAAGAUAA